AUGAAUUUACAUAUUUGGCUCGAGCUUAUUUUACUGCAUUUCCGAAGCAAAACCACCAAUAAGAACAUUAGGAUCUUUCAACUCAAGACGGUGCGGACCGCCAAGUUAAAUCCCUUCAAACACGAAACGGUUCGGGAGAGGAAGAAAAGGCUUCGACACAAGGAUCGCGACCUUCUAUCCCGCCAAACAAUUGAAUCGUUGAAAACCGGGAAUUUUCGACCACCAGCCAUCUUGCCAAAAUCGACAAAUCUCGCCAAUUUCAGGCCGUACGGCGAUGUCGAGCAGGAUGAUUCUCAGCUCGAAGGGCCUUCUGGGGAUUCCAUGGCUUCUCCUGACCUCAAUUCCGUUUGGGAUUCAAUACCGUGGGAUGUGAUCGCUCCCAGCACCGUCCCCAAACCAUUUGGAGGCCUCCGUCUUGAUCCUACAAUCACUGCUGCGAUCCGCGAACACGACCGAAACAAUUUUCAUCAUUCUCGAGUCAAUCACUGGGAUCAAUGCAUGUCAAAGUUGUUCUCAUCAUACCUGUGGCUCAAAGAAAAAACCCGGAACUGGACGGCGACUUGCUCUUUUGAUUCGUUUACCUCCAAAUUCUGCAAGUGCAACGAUGACACUCCGCGAUUCAACCAGUUUGUUGAUCUUGUUGAUAAUACAGGUCAGUAG